UAGAAAAUGAUGAGAAUGAAGAUAACGAGAAUUACGAUUACGGUAGUGAUAAUGAUGAGGAUGAUGACAAUUUAUAUGAGAAUGAAAUAGAAGAUACAACGGAAAAUAUUGAUGGGGAUUU